ACCCGGUUUUCAGGAGCUCCCCCCACUGUUUUCCACGCGAGGCCGCGAGUCCAAGCCCAAAACCACGCGCGCGCGUACGUAUCCCCUCCCGCGGCAGCGACGGCACACUCCCUGUACGGCCUGGUCCCAGCGCCGGCGAAGUCGCAGUCGAAGCCGAGCUCGCCACCCCCUAUAAAGCCACCCAGCCGCGCGGCAUCAUCUUCCUCAAUCCAAACACAUCCAUCCCGGGGCCAAGCAGCCGACUAGCCGAGCGCAUCGAUUCAGUUCACCGAUCGGGACAAGCACAGUUGGGGGAAGCACGCAUGGCGAGCGGGGGCAGCAAGGCGAAGGCGUCGUCGUGGGCGGCGGCGAUGAGCGUCGGCACGGUGGAGGCGCUCAAGGACCAGGCGGGGCUGUGCCGCUGGAACUACGCGUUCCGGUCGGCGCAGCAGCGCGCCAGGGGAGCAGCUGCCGCUGGGGGCAGCUCCGGCUCCGGCGGCGGGCGGGCGCUGCCUUCGGGGAGCGCCGCGGCGGCGGCCGCGAGGAGGAAGGCGAGGCAGCAGGAGGAGGAGCUCCGGACAGUCAUGUACAUCAGCAACUGGGGACCCAACAACUGACUUGUUUGGCCGAUGAGCAGUUAAAUUAGGCCGCACUAGUGUUUCAUCAGUACUCUGCACUACUACUAGUAGUAAUGUAUAGUUUGUUGCGCAACCAGUUCGUGUUGGGCGGAUGAAUCAACCAAUGUGUAUGAACUGUACGCUGGAAAGUUAUUGAUGAACACAGAGCAUAAUUUUCACCCA